AUGGAAGGGGAACAGCGACAGGUUUUGAGCCCGCAAAGGCUGAAGUCACUGGAGGAAUGGUUACAGAAAACCUCCAUAACUUUAACACAGGUCAAUGGUCAGAGGAAAUAUGGAGGCCCCCCUCCGGGUUGGCAAGGUCCUGCUCCAGGCCCAGGCUGUGAGGUCUUCAUCAGUCAGAUCCCACGAAAUGUAUUUGAGGAUCGUCUGAUCCCGCUAUUCCAGAGUGUCGGCACUCUGUACGAAUUUCGGCUCAUGAUGAACUUCAGUGGGCAGAACCGCGGCUUUGCCUACGCCAAGUAUGGCGAUCCCGUCACUGCCUCCACUGCGGUAAUGACCUUCCACCAGUACCGGCUGCCGGAGGGGAUUCGACUGACUGUACGAAGGAGCACAGAGAAGAGGCAGCUGCGUCUCGGUGACCUCCCGGCUAACGUGAACCAGGGGGAACUGCUGAUGGUGCUCCGCCUGCUCUCUGAGGGGGUGGAGGAUGUCAAGCUGAAGUUGGCCGGGCCUAAAGGGAGAGAGGUCGUGGCUCUGGUGAACUACUCCUCUCACUACUCUGCAUCCAUGGCCAAGAAAGUGCUGGUGCAAGCAUUCAGGAAGCAAUACGGCAUGCCUGUUACCGUGAGAUGGAUGUCUGUCACCUCAAAAUCCAAGCAUGUAGAGCAGACAAGGCCAGAAGAUGGUCCCAUUACCCCACCAGGCCUGAAACCCCUCCUCAAACCCUCCCUUCCCCUUCUGCAUCCUCAGCUGUCCCGUCUUAACAUCCUGGGCCAGUCCCGCCUCUGGUCCUUCUCCCAGGCUGUAGGGGGCCCGGCCACCCAGCCAAAAGAUGAUGUCAUGCCUCAAGCUCCUAUUUUCCCUGAUGUCGAGUCUCAGCUGAAGUGGUUUUGCGAGCUCAACAGACUUGGCGUUCCCCAGUAUGAAGCGUGUUACCAUCACACCGGUCCAGAUGGCUUCCUCUACUUUACCUACAAAGUGCUGAUCCCAGGCCUCCCUUUGCCCCUGCAGGGGUUCGUCCAGAUCCUGCCGGGCACCAGCGCCUGCGCUAUGAAAGGGGAAGUUUAUCGUGCCGCCGCUGAGCAGGUCAUCAAAACCAUCUGCAAGGUCUCGGGUUUAGCAGUCUAAAAUUAUGAACUGCUGUUGCAAAUGCAUGUUAUCAGUUUAUGUUCGGUAAUACUGUUUAAAGGCAUGUACUGUUAAAAUGGUUCCAGUUUUGAAUGAACGAGCGUAAAUUUGUAUUAAAGUAUUUUGUUUACUGUUAAAGAAAAAGAGUGAUGCAUACCAAGGCGUUCUUUAAUUUUGCCAGUAAAGACUGAAUGAAAGUCUUAAAUUCAGUGGUAUGAAAGUGGUUUGAAGUCUUAAGUUUUCUUAUCCUUUAAUAUGUUUUAUAAUAUUUUAACUAUGUAAUAUUAUUCAUUUGUAUGUUAUUUUACAGUCAGCCCCAUCACAUUUAGAUGACUUUGCAUGUUUUCACAAUUUCUUAUUUUGCAUGUUUUUCAUGGUGUUUGAUUUUUAUUUG